CGCUGAGAAGUAAUCUAAAAUUAUCACAUACUCUCUGAUGUGAAGUUCUUCUCCUUUUUCUCAUUUCAAUAGUAUCGAAACUAUCGAUAGUGGCCGAUCGAUCGGCAACAACACUUUGCUAGUGUCAGUCAAACGGGAGGCUAGCGAUUGAGUAGAAACAAAUAUGACUUCAACAUCGUUCAACGUCGGUCUCGGCGAGGCUCCGCGGCUGUCCAGCAGGGUGCUGCGCCCCCCCGGCGGCGGGCACACCGACAUCUUCGGUGGGGAACCCGAGCCGCAUCGCGGCCGACGCCAGUUCCCGGGCCAGACCAAUGCCGGACAAGGCGACGAGCCAAUGAAGGCACAAAACGGCACACUACCUACUCAUAAUGGGCAAGAGACCCCACAGCAGGAGCAAGCUGCCCCGGAGACCAGCCCGGCCAAGGCUGAACUCGAGCCACAGCCACAAGUCUCCCCAGUCGCACCGGAACCACUCCAGGUAGAGACACCGAAGGCUGAGUCACCAAAGGCCGAGUCACCAAAGGCUGAGUCACCAAAGGCUGAGUCACCAAAGGCCGAGUCACCAAAAGCAGAGCCACCGAAGGCCGAGCCACCGAAAGUAGAACCACCGAAACGUGUUCGUGUCCCGCCCGGUGGCUUCUCCUCAGGACUGUGGUAAUUUCUCGAGCUGAUUAGAUUUGCUGGGACCAGUCGCAUUGUUCGCUGACUUUUAUUCAAGGGUUUUCCGAUAGAUGUGAUUCCGUUUAGUGCUGCCUGUGUGUUGUUAUUAAUCGAUAGUUUCGAUCGAAUCGAUCUUUAAAAUCAUCUAGAAUAUCGAUAGUGUUAUCGAUAGAAGAAUACCUAAACAAUCGAUAACCUAUCGAUAUUAUUGCCUAAGCUUCUACUAUCGAUAGAGGGCUAUCGAGUCAACGCUAUUUCGAAUCUUUCGUGUAGCUUAAAUUGUGAAUGUGCAGUAAUUAAAGUAAUUUUUUUCUCGUCUUUACACUUGACGUAAGAAUUUAUAGCUCAUUUAUCAUUUGGAGAAGGGUACAAGUAUUAUGAACAUAAUAUAUUGAACUGUGACGUGCUAUAAAAUAAAACGCACGGGUCAUUUACUAGGGAGAAUAAGUCAUGAUUACGGUCAAAUCAAUACUUACUUUGUCACUGAUCAAAUACAUUUCAUCAAUUUCUUAAAGAUUGAACAGAAAUAUGUAGGUACCUUUCGGUUUAAGUCAAUGAACAGUGCUGCGUAUUGAUAGGUUAUUUCUUGUGCCUUUAUUGUUGAAUGCUAAAUGUUUAUUUGUGUGUAGAUGUUUUGUUAUGGACUUCUGGUCCCAAGCCAAUUCUUGAAAUCGCUUAUCUAACCUUUCAUUCUAUUCCUCGCAUUAUGAAAUCCCUUAUUUACAGAUCAAGAUGUAUCUAAGUAUUAUUUUACAUAGGAGAUUAUUUUUCUUUUUUUUUUUAACUAUUCGCAUUUCUAAAUGGCAACGCCAUACUAGGCUUAGAAUGUCACAAUUGGAUUAGUUUUAAAAUUCUUCGGCCAAAUAUUAAUCUCAAUUUUUUUAUCUUACUUUUUCUACUCGUUUUCACUAGUACUGGUUGAUGUUAUUUUCUUUAUAAAAUAAUACGAAUAGGUGCAGUAAAAGUUAUUUUUUUUAUAUAAAUUUUGUGAAAAUUAUGUAGGUACCAUCAUUUGAAUUUGAAUUGAAACGAGAUAAAUUAUGCUCAAUCAAAUGUCAUAAUAUCCUAGUUGUAGUGAAAACGUUGUAUUUAGGUAUUUAUAAUCGUCUAAUUUUAAAGUGCGCUAGUGGCGUUAAAUGAAUUUAUUCCUUAGAACCUUUUCACACUAGCGGUUUGUUCAAGGACCUCCGAAUUUGAAAGAGAUUGGCAAUAGACGCUUUAUCUAAAUAACACAAAUUCACAAAAUAUGGUCUGUUUGUUCACUGUAAUUAAUGAGUCCUUUUUUAAUUAAAAACUAGAUUUCGUACAAAACUGGCAUAAUAUUAAAAUAAAGGCCCAUUUUACAUAAUUGAUGGGCCGGUUGGCACAGAUUCUCAAUGCACCGCUCACAUACCGCCAGUGUGGAGAGGGCCAUACAUUUGAUGUAUAUUACAGACUGACGUGUGCCUAUUCGUUGUAUUGUACUUAAUGUUCUUCUCAAGCAUUUGAUGUUUUGCAUUAGUUUUAUUGUCAUUUAAUGUAUGCCUGCUGGCAAUGACGCGAUUAUGUAUAUUGAUAAUUGUAUUUUUAUAUGAAUUAAUAAAUACUUUUAAAAA